AUCCCCGCUCGUCGCCCGUGAUGUAGUAACUCCCGUGAUGUAGUAACUCCCCUGUAAAAAGGCCUAUUCAGUUUCUACUGCAAGAAGGCUGAAUAAACGAUCAACAACACUGGAACAAACCCUCUCAGCACCUUCUCGCUGGACGAAAUGGAGACAAAAGUAGCUAAUUUACCACUUAUGGAUAUGACAAGGGCAAAGACUGAUCGUGAAGCGUUUGCCAAAGAUCUUGUUAAAGUCAUGAGUACGAUUGGCUUCCUUCUUCUCGAGAAUGUCGAGGGAGUCGAUCCCGAUGGUCUGAUGGGGGCGUGCAAGUGGUUCUUUACCCAACCUCUGGAAAAGAAAUUUGAGGUAACAAGGAAGAGGUGGAAUAAAAGCUGCAAGAACGUGUACAGGGGAUAUUUUCCGACCGGAGAAGACCCUAACAAUUCGAGUCAUAAAGAAGCUUUCGAAUGCGGCGUUACACUUCCGCUAGACGACCCCGACGUAUUGAAUGGUAACAGGCUGUAUGAAAACCCCCAGUGGCCGAUCGAAGAAGGCAUUCCGUUCAAGAAAAUUGUAACAACUUAUUUCAAAGCGAUGCACCGAGCAGCUGUAGACUUGAUCCGUCUCCUGGCUCUUGGUUUGGGUUUUGAUGAGCACUGUUUUGAUGAUAUGAUCGUAAAGAAGCCGUUGUCAACUCUCAGACUUCUGCACUAUCCCCCUCGCGGAGGUAUGCCUAGGUAGAGACCAAAAUGUUGGCUAGACGGUUUUAACCCUUUAACUUCCGUGAGAGAGCACGACAGGUUUUUUUACCCUAGAAUAUCAAUACAAUAUCAAGCAGACUAGUCUUCUUAACCAGAAGUGUCAAGUCUUUCCAGUAGAACACAAGUAUCAUAUCUUUUCAUAUCUUUAAAGAUGGAAGUGUCUAAAGACAAGGAGUUCAUUUUUUCAAGCAAAUAGCUCAGAAGAAAAGGUUUUCCAGGUCUAGGUUUUAAAGCUUGGUUACUUAUUAGGAAGGCAGGGUUUCUGAUUUUGCCUUUUAUUAAAACAUUGGGCUGUACAUUUGAACACAACUUUGGUCCCAGGGGGAAGUUCAACUGCCCUGGAAAGGUUGCCAGGAGGGGGAGAUUUUGAGGCUUCAAAACACAUGAUUUUUUAAUGGAUGCCUAUGGGAAGGGGGGGUACCAUUUUUGGCAGAUGAGGGAUCGUUUUUAUCUUAUAUACCACAAAUCGGUACAAUAGUUGUGGUCACACUACAGACUUUAAUUAUGUAGAAAUAAGUAUUUGGUAACUUAUGAUGUUUAAUUGAUGUUCAAAGACAUGCCAUUAGUUAGGGUGCACAGAGCACUAGGUACUCCUUUGCUACCAUACAUUUUUGACUCCAUCUCACCACUCAUUUAGUGUGUUAAUUCCAAAUAUUAAUAGCAAUAAUUUACUUUCUCUAGAUGCCAUUCCCAACACCUGCAUAUCAAGUGAUGGUAAGAUUUUGACAUGCGAUGAUCACCACGACACAGGUUUGAUAACUCUUUUGGAAACAUUCAACAAUGGAGGCUUAGAGGUCAUUGGGGAAGGUGGUGAGUGGAUGGCAGUUGAGCCCAGACCUGGAACUCUGGUUGUUAAUAUUGGAGAUCUUCUGGUCCAGUUUUGUGGAGGUCAUCUAAAGGCUACACGUCAUCGUGUUGUGGAUAUUGGAGUUGACCGAUACUCUGUGCCUUUUUUUAUGGAACCCAGUUACCACACUGACAUAAACAGGUCUCCAGUUCUUAAGCCUCCCCCUGAGGGUACCCCUGUGCAAAAAUAUGGUCAUUGGAUGAUUGAAACCAUCAAACGCAAGAAGUUCAUUGAAUAUGAAGGGUUGGAUACCUCAUUUAAUUGGCAUGAAAUAUAAUUAACUGUCAUGAUUGUGCCCUGGCUAAGGAUAUUUAGAGACAUUUGUAUCACUGCAUAAUGUCAAGGAAGCAUUUACAAUGUUCAUAAAUUCAAACAUUGAUUUCAUUUAAUUAGAAUGGAUUUCAUAAUAAUACUACAUGGGAAAUUAAUUUUUUAAAUUAAUUGGUUCAGAAACUCAUUACUAAGCGCAAAAAUGUGGUACAUGAACCAACUAGGAUAGAGUCCAGGAAUGAGGUUUGAUCACAUGAAAAUAGACAUUUUCUUGUUUCAGUGUAAGAGUAUGAAUAAGAGAGGGUGAUGAAUCAUGGUUAUGACUACAUUUCUAUUCAAGCGUAAUGAGUUAUAUGCCAGUUGAUUAUGCAAUUAAGCUCAAACCACAUUUCUUUACCUAUAUGCCAAAAGUUCUGACUGUUUUGAGUACAGGGAAAAAAAAUCAAAUGCACUCUGUCUGGAAUUUUUUUAUAGGAACUGCAUGAUGUGCUCCCCAGCAUCUAUCACAAAUUAGUGGUCAAAAAUCUAAGAAUUUCAAAAUGUUUCCAAUUUAAAUAAUAUUUUUAUACCAGAACCUUUAAUGUGAUGAUUGUAAGGCAUACAGAAAAUUCAUGACAGUGUAAUUUAGUGUUUAAUUUGUUUGUAAAGCACUGUCUGUAGACUUAUCACAACAACUGAGUGAGUAGCAAAUUACAAUGAUCAUUUUUUCAAAAUCUCCUGGAAUUCCCAAUGUAACCAUCCACUAGUAUAUUAAAUAUAUGAACUUGUAAGUCUGGUAUUCAUUCCUUCUUUUCUGAGGAAGAACAGCCAGGGUUCAUUUCCCUAUCAGCUGCUGGCUAUGGAGCCCAGAUUUGGUCAUCCCUUUUGGAGAGGAGACAAAAACAUUAAUGGAGAAGUAUUUUGUAUCUUUUCUUAUAACCAUGUCUGUUUGUGUUUGAUUUAUAGAAGCAGAGAAUCUUGCAUGUAAAAGAGGCAUGGAUGCCCAUCAACACACUUUGAAUAUUAAAUGAUACCUACAAUGAAG